GCUGGACUUGGAACACCUUUAUUGAACCCAGAAAUAAUUAAUGUUGACAAACACACCUGUGUUUGACAAGUCCAUAAAUCCAAAAGAGUUCGGUGACCUCAAUAAAAGUUCUGCAUUAGUUUCAGGUUAGGAGACUAAUCAAAUGAAAACAUGAAGUACAGAUAUAAACUCAGCAGUGCUUUCACUUUAGCUGGGUGUAUGGAGGACAGACGACAGGCCACACUGAGGGCUUUCCCUAACUUUAGCUUCUAAGAAAAGUCCAGGGCUCAAACAUGGCAAAUACAGACAAAACCAAGCUUGAGGAAAUGCUGACAUGUCCAGUGUGCCAGGACAUCUUCAAGGAUCCUCGGCAGCUGCCCUGUGGUCACAGUAUGUGUAUGAGCUGUCUGGAGGGCAUGGUGGAUCACACCUCAGACCUCCCCUUCCGCUGCCCCGACUGCAGGGGUUAUUUUGGACAGGUCAUCGGGGUACAGAAGAGCUACGCACUGGCCAGCAUCGCAGAGGACUUCAGGUUGAACAGGAGGACGAGGGAAGACAACACAGAACGUGUGUAUUGCGACUGCUGCCCAGAGAAAACAACGCUGGCUAUGAAAACUUGUCUCAAGUGUGAGUUGUCACUGUGUGAAGAGCACGUCAUGGAACACCUGAAGCUGGCGGUGUUCACGGGACACCCCCUGGUCAAACCCCUGAAUGACCUCAAGGAGAGGAAAUGCCCACAGCACAAGGAUGAGGUGCUCAAGUACUACUGCAACACGUCAAGGCGCUACAUCUGCAACCUGUGUGCCCUGGAGAGCAAGCAGGACAGCCUGGCCAAAGAGAGCUCCACUGUCCUGCGGAGGCACCUGACUGAGUACUUGGACCAGCGCUUUAAUAUGCUCAAAGAGCAACUUACAGAAUCCACGGACUCAUUCAAAAAACUGCAAGAUGACAUCAAACGAGAAAAGCAGAAAGCGGCCCCAGCAGAAUCACAGCUCAACAGUGUGACGGUGGUGUUGCUCUGUCUCUGGUUUAUUGUGCUGUAUUAUGCCUACAACUACUCUGUGGAAAACCAGACGUUAACAGAAGCGCUGAACAAGGAGCAGAGCCGUAUGCAUCACGUCUAUUCCACCAUCACAGACCUCUUGGUCGAUCAUCCAACGAAGCGCUAUACACUGGCAGAGAGAGACGAUCAAGUGAUUCCCACACUGGACCUGGACACCGCCAGUCCUUUCCUUGGAGUCUCCGCUAACCUGCAGUCAGCAGAGAGAGUGGAGAGCAAGCUGAAUUACCCCAGCAGGAACACCCGCUUUGAUGAAGCCCCGCAGGUCCUCUCCACCCAGUGCUUCUCCACCGGUACCCAUACGUGGGAGGUGGAGGCUGAGGGAUACUGGGACAUCGCCGUGUCCUACCAGAGCAUCAAACGCAAGAACAAGGGCAGCAGCGCCUUCGGAAACAACCCACAGUCCUGGAGCCUGACGCACAAUGACAAAGACAAGCUGUUUGCGUACCACAACAAAAAAAAACACAUCGUCUAUCGAACUUUGCAGAGUAACCGGGUAGCGGUGGGGUUUAACUUUGAGAGAGGCAACAUCACGUUCAGUGCCGUGGAUUCUGGAGUUACUACCGAGCUGCACGAGUUCAAGGCUAAGUUGACUGCACCGCUGUGUCUGGGUUUGGGACUUUAUCGUGUCGAUCCACCCAGCAGAGCCUCUAUUAUCAAAGUUUCCUGAAUGAUCCUUCAGACUAUCAUAAUAUUAAUAAUAUAAUAAUAAUAUUCUGCUGACACUGGAUCCAGACUGCCUUUACUCCAAUCGUAAUCAAGAAAGACUGAUGCCAAUUUGCACUUAAAGUGGAACUGAGAGUAGCUCAAAGCCAAAAGUUGGAACGUUUGCCUCAGGUAUAUUUUUGUUGUGUGUGUAUGUGUGAGAGGGUGAGUAAGAGUGUGUGUGAGUGUGAGCUUAACUGUUUGUCUUGGAUUAAUGAUUUUUUUUUCAGAUAAAAUGUUAAUUAUGUUAUACUUACUGUGAAAUAUCUAUUUUUAUAUAGAAUUUGUCAGCUUCGUUGUUGCCUUUUUAAAAAUAUGAUUGACAUAGGACAUAGCACAGUAAUGUAAUGCUUUGAUCAUGAAGGAAUCUUAAAAUAAGAGUCUUAACGCUUUGACUUUGCCCAACUGCUUUUCUUAGUUUUGGGAGAUAAAACAUUGAGCUUGAUAGGUUUAUAUUCACUGUUUAACCUCUGUGUGUGUGUGCCACAAAUAACAUUCCAGCUUCUUUUCUUCAGGAAUGACGGAGUGAGAACAGUCUGAAUUUUCUCAGUCUUAGCACAGAUUUGGUUUAUUACACCUUAGAGCUUUCUGUUAGUGUCUGUGCUCUUCUCACAGGUUUUAUUUUAAGUUUUCAAGGACAUUAAAGUGAGACUGUAACUUUUGCUCAACACCUACAAGACGAUGACAAGUGCUAAAAUGUAGCUUUACAUUAGCAGCAUAGGAGCCAUAAAGUCAACAAACACACAGUAAUAGCAGUUAAUAUCUAUACCAAAUAAGACUGUAGCAGCUUAAAUGCUUAUGAAUCCAACUUUUCGUUUGUCAGAGGAAGAAUUUGUUAUUUCUUCUUUCAAAUGUUACAUAGUGUCACUUUGAGGGAUGCAGUAAUAAGACAAAUAACAGUACAUGUAGCUUUUUCUUUUCCUAAUUUAUUAAGAAAACAUGAAAGUCGAGAAUUUUUAAACAUUUGACAAUGAUCAGAACACAUUUUACAAGAAAAUGAAGGCAAUAUCAAGCCUUGAAGGCCACUAUCCUCAGUACAAAAAGCAGGUUUACAGUGAUACAAAUGUUUUUCCACUUACACUAAGGCGGCAGAUCACCAAAAAAAAAUAAAAAAUCCAAAGCGUGGAUUUCAAAUCAGACAGUAAGUGUCUUAAACUGCUGUAAAAAAAAAAUAAAGUUGAAA